AGCGCUGGGACAUCUCGAUCAUCCCCGGGCCCGGUUUCUCGCGGCUGCGCAGUGAGGAGGUGAGAAGCCGCGGAGCGUCGGGCCCGAAGACCCGGCCCAACAGAGCGGGAAGGAGAAAAAAAACAAAGAUCACGGCUGGAGAUUGGCAGCUGUGGGAUCCAAUCACGGUGGUGUUAGAGAGAGCGAGGGAUCCAGGCUCCUGAUGGAACCCGGAAAAGCUGAGGAGGGGGUGCCGCCUGCCGCGGGGGCCCCCGUAAGGAAGAGAUUCGUCAUCCCCCUGGACGACGAGGCGGUCCCUCCCGCUGGGGCCAAGCCCUUGUUCAAAUCCACACGCAGCCUCGCCACCUCGGGGACCCCAGAGACCCCGGCCCGGCCAGCUCCCCAGACCUAUGCGGAGUAUGCCAUCUCCCGGCCUCCGGCAGAGGCUGCAGCGCCGUGCCCCCCGGCCGUGGAGCCCCUGGCCGACGAGGCCCCCAACCAGGCCCUGAAACCCGGGACGAAGUCCAAUAGCAUCAUUGUGAGCCCCCGGCAGAGAGGUAACCCCGUGCUGAAGUUUGUGCGCAACGUGCCCUGGGAGUUCGGUGAAGUCCUUCCAGACUAUGUGCUGGGCCAGAGCACCUGCGCCCUCUUCCUCAGCCUCCGCUACCACAACCUGCACCCUCACUACAUCCACGAGCGCCUGCAGAGCCUGGGCAAGAGCUUCGCCCUGCGCGUCCUGCUGCUGCAGGUGGACGUGAAAGACCCGCAGCAGGCGCUCAAGGAGCUGGCCAAGGUGUGCAUCCUGGCCGACUGCACCCUCAUCCUGGCCUGGAGCCCCGAGGAGGCCGCGCGCUACCUGGAGACCUACAAGGCCUACGAGCUGAAACCUGCCGACCUCCUGAUGGAAAAGCUGGAGCACAACUUCCUGUCCCGGGUGACUGAGUGCCUCACCACUGUGAAGUCUGUCAACAAAACUGACAGCCAUACACUGCUGGCCACAUUCGGAUCUCUGGAACAGCUCACAGCCGCCUCGCGGGAUGAUCUGGCCUUGUGCCCCGGUCUGGGCCCCCAGAAGGCCCGGCGCCUCUUCGACGUCUUCCACGAGCCCUUUCUGCGCGUGCCCCGGUGAGCACACAGCCUGCGAGGACUGUCCCCCUACCAGCCCCCGGGGAGACGCUGGCCGGAGCUCCCCAUUGUUUACAAUAAAGCUGCACCAGGUCUGGGUGCCAGUCUG